CGGGCUUCCGCGUGCGCGAGGCGUGCGGGGGUGCGCGCGGAGGAUGCUGAGCCGGCUGCAGGAGCUGCGGAAGGAGGAGGAGACGCUGCUGAGGGUGCGGGCGGCGCUGAGCGAGCAGCUCACCCGCCUCAAGGUGGAAGAGCUGGCACUACAGUCUAUGAUCAGGUCCAGGGAGGAGAAUGUGACAGUCUCUUCAUCAGCUAUGGCAGAGGAGACAAACAAAACUCUGGGGCAGAUGGACAACGAGGCUGCUAUCAAUCAAACUGAAUUACACCUAAGUCUGCAAGAUCACCAAGAGGAGGAGGAGGAAGAGGAGGAGGAAUCAGAUUCUUGAGAGAAAGAGAAAAAAAAAAAGGUUUGGAAUACAGACUCAGGAAUUUCUUCUUCAUUCCUAUAAGAUUAACCAACUGGAUUUCAUUUUGUCCUGUAGCUGGAUCUGAACUCUCUAAUAUGCAAGACUGUUGGAGUGCAGGGAAGUUACACUUGAGCACAGGAAUGUCACAAUUGGCACACUUUGACUCAGAUGCUGAAGGAAUGAAAUCUGCUGCAGAAAUAGGUAGCAAAUUCCACAUGUCAAACCUCACGUAGCUCACUACAAGUUCCUCUGUGGAUGGGAAAAGUCCUUACUCAAGUCAGACCAAUUUCCCAUGUACACUAAAGAGCAAUAAUUUGCCUGUUCUUAUUUCCUGUUCUUAUGUCCUGAUGCUGAAAAAUAAAACCAGGUCCUGGAAGCUGGGUGCUGAACCAAUGA